UUAGAAUUCAAUACCUGCACGACCAUCCAUUCAAUUUCAGGGACUCCAAGGAUGUAUCAAGAUUCCAAAAUCCGAUAGCCUCAAUGAAAUGCACAACUUUAACUUCUAUCUGUCAAACGUGGGAAAAGAUAACCCUCAAGGCAGCUUUGACUGUAUCCAGCAAACAGUAGCAAGCUCGGGGCUGUCGAAAAUGAACUGCUUGGGAUUUAUACAGGAUAAAAUUACAGUAUGUGCCACUAACGACUCCUACCAGCUUACAAGAGACCGCAUGACCCAGGCAGAAGAAGAAACCCGGAGCCGUAGCACCAAGGUCAUAAAACCUGGUGGUCCAUUUGUAGGGAAGAGGGUCCAGAUUCGUAAACCAGCAAAUAGUAUUCUAGAUACAGCACCAGAAAGGAAAAGAUCUACACCCAUUAACCCUGCAAGCACCAUACGAAAGACAAAUAUCAGCAACAGUAUUGCACAACGGCCAUAUAGGGAAAGGGUGAUUCAUCUGCUGGCACUGAAGCCAUAUAAAAAACCAGAGAUACUUGCUCGUUUACAUAGAGAUGGCGUUAAUCAAAAAGACAAGAACUCCCUCGGUGUUAUCCUGCAACAGGUUGCCAAUUUGAACCCAAAGGACAAUUCAUAUACUCUUAAGGAUUUUGUUUACAAAGAAAUACAGAGGGAUUGGCCUGGAUACCUGGAAGGAGAUAAACAGCUAUUAGACAGAGUUCUUUCUAGAAAACUUAACCAGUCUCAGAAUGCCAGCUCCAGCCAGUCAGAUUCUCCUCCUCCGUCAAGUGCUGCAUCUGCAUCUCCUACCCAGAAACGUCUUUUGGAUUCAGAAUUCAUUGAUCCCCUAAUGAAUAAGAAGCCAAGGAUUUCUCACCUUACAAACCGUGUGCAGCCCACUUUAAAUGGCCACUUAGGUGACAAACCAGCAUCUGCACCUCCUCCACCCUCUGCUGCUGCCACCCCAUCACUUCCUCAACUUCCACCUGCACGCCUUCCAGUGUCCAACCCGCAAAAUAUAAACUCAAACUCCAAUUCUCCUAGUACUCCUGAGGGUCGAGGGACGCAAGACCUGCCCAUGGACACUUUCAGUCAGAAUAGUGGCACCUAUGAGGACCAGCAAGAAAAAUAUACCUCUAGGACUAAUCUGGAAAAUUCUGUACCAACUCCAAUUAAGUUGGGAAACUUGGUUCCCACGGACGAUAAAAAUAGCACAUUGCACAAAAAGGCAAAGAGAGCCAAAAAACACAAGGAUAAAGACCGCAAGAAACUGGAUGCUGAACCCACAGAGGAAAACAAGCCAGCACACCUAAGGAAAGAAGAAAUUAUUAAGGAAGAAAAGAGCCUGAGCCUGGAUAAAAAGAAAGAUAUUCAAGAAUCUUGCAUAACUUCAGACCCUUCAUCCACAACAGAACUGCCAGAUUACAUAGUGAAAUACACUGUCAUUGUGUCUAAUGAACAGAGGCAAAGCUACAAGGACGACUUUAACUCUGAAUAUGAUGAAUAUCGGAGAUUGCACGCCCGAGUAGAAAGUAUCACCAGAAGAUUUAUGCAGCUGGAUGCACAGAGAAAGCGGCUGUCUCCUGGUUCUAAAGAAUAUCAGGUUCUGCAUGAGCAGGUUCUCAAGGAAUACCGUAAAUUCAAAGAGGCAAGUCCAAACUAUUAUGAAGAAAAGUACAGAUGCGAGUACUUGCACAACAAGCUUGCCCAUAUUAAAAGACUAAUAGGAGAGUUUGACCAACGACGGGCAGAGUCCUGGCACUAA